UUGAAGUGUUACAUCAGGCUAACAUCCUUCAAGGCAGAAGACCUGCUUCACACCAAAAAAUCACAUCUUUUUCAAAAGUAGAUUACUUCGGCAGCUUUUUAGUAACCAGACCAUCCUGUGACACUGUCAACUCAUUGGGAAAACUAAAAAAAAUCAACACACACAACUACACACACACUUCUUCAGAAGUAUUUUGGAAGAACUUUACCUAAGCCUUCUCUGCACAAAUUUACCACAAGUUUACUUGUGGCGCCCUACCAACCUGGAGUAGGCAGCCUAACAACCUGGAGUAGGCAGCUCAAAGUUUGGAGGCUAAAGUCUAAGCCAACUUUCAUCCAGGCUGACAAGUUAACCAAUAUUCUCAGUGCAAACAGGGUAAGUUGACUAUUUCAUGUUUUCUGCCUUCAAGCAAGUCCCGGUGCCCGCUACAUCCGAAUCAGUUACCCCUUUUCCUCUCACAAAGCACCAGAGAAUCAAACACACUGCAUCCAAAGCAAAGCAAAACACAGACACAACCCUGAAUUUCUAAUGACACCUCUGCAGAAGUACAAUACCAAUAAGGCAUAGUAAUUCCAUGCAGUUUAUGCCCACGCCAAGCUAAUGUGGAUGCCACUUAUGCAAGCUAAAUGCUGACAGAGCCAUGGAGCCAGUCAGGAAAAGGUUAUUAACUGCUAUAUAUUAUGCGAUCUGCUUUGUUUCAUCCUUUAAAAUCACUUGAGAAUACAGCAGACUCAAAUGAAAGGCAUUCUGCUUAAGUGUAUAUUUAGCACUGUUCUUGUAGGUCUAAUGCAGUUUUUUCAAAAGGUAUUUGGAACAUGAUUUUAUUCCCAUCUUCUGAACUAUACUGAAGAACUGAACAAAUGUCAAUUAGUGCACUACCAAUCACUGCAAUAGCUGUGUCCGCUAUUAAUCUACCUUAUAAAGCUGAAAAAUACCCACUUAUUAGAGACACCACAGAUACUCCUCAAUGUCCUCCUAUGCUUAGUUACAUCAAGAUAAAUACUUAAUUAGGUUGUUCAUGUGCCUGUUCAGUUAUACUCAAAUAAAUCUUCACUUUCAGUGUCCUUCCAUCUGCACUGCACUCAUGCCCUAUAUACAGGCAACACAUAUCUUGAACUGGGGUCACUUCUGAACUUAAAACGAGUAUCUCAAACAAACACUUUUUCAUCAAGAUCAGUGAAAGUUCAACAUUUUAGCCAGCUAUAUGUUUUGACUACCACUUAAAACUUAUUUCUACUGAUGAAAUAGCCAAGAAGUCUUCAAAGUACCAAGCCCAAGUACCAGCUGAAGUAGGAAGAAGCCAGACUACUGGGAUAAAACUAGCACCCACAGAUUCCUGGUAACAGAUUCAUGACAAGACAUGGUAGAAUCUGUUUCCCAAGAGUUUAUUGAUUACCUUUUGCUCUUAUUACUACACUUUUUCCAUCUCUUGCACAGACAAUCCAUCCACCUCACAAACCCAUUUUUUGUGCAUUUUAGAAUAGCAGCUAGCUUCAGCUGACAUCUCUGAAACUCCCCAGCUUUAAAUGCUAACCCUGUUAACUCUCAAGCCAAGAAUCCCUGCCAGUAUUUCUGCCUCCGUUAUUCUUGAUCUCAGCAACUGUACUCCACUUCUAGAUCCCUAAUUCUCUGAGCCAUCCUCCUCUGUCACACAGCAGGGAGAACAUAUUGUUAUUCAAUCAGUUUUCCCCUGUGGAAAACAAAGAGUGCAAAAGGGAACUCAGAACAUGCACUUAGUAGCAAAGCAACAAGACCUAAUCCUGUAGCUUCCUCCCCAAGGUACCAAGUUAAAAGACAAUUCUGCUUAUCAACUAAACGGAUGAACACCAUUUAAGCCUAAAUUUUCUUUUUAUGAUCACAUGGUUAAACAUAUUCGUUUUUAGGAACAGUUGAAAUGCAAUUAUAUGAUAGAGGAUGUAUUCGGCAACUGUGCAGUCCUGAGGCACUGUGGUAACAGCUUGGUUAUUGCUUCCACAUUGCAGUCUCCUCAAGCAAAUUAGUUCAUUGGUCAUGUUUGGAAGCAAAGGACCAUAAUUAACUUGUUAAAUAAUACAGUUAUUUAGAAAACACUUCUGAAAGUUAAAUUCCAUUUUGCACAGUGCGCCAUUUUUUUAACCUAAUCAGCUGCUAGGUUACUUUCCCUCUGACGUGGCUUGCACACAGAUGGAAAGCAGGUUCUUCUUUCCCUGUGUCACUCAUCCCUUAUUUCACACCACCGAGACACGAACUGACAAAACUCUGCAUACAUCAAUAGUCAUCAUCCAACAUUCGUGAAUUGACACGUUGUGCCAAAGCACUAUGACCUUCUGAAUCAUCAACAUUCAAGUGACAUGGACCUCCAAGAGAAGGAUCCCAUAUGAAGCCAGAGGAUUCUAUUUUGAAGGCGGGCCAAGAGGCAACUUAACUGGGAAAUUUUAAGUGAUGAACAUUAAUGUAUUUCAUUUUCAAAACUGAAAAUGUAUUUAAAACAGCUGCAGGAAAAGGUCUACCUUAUCCGCUAAGGGUCACUAGCAAAAAUGUCAGGGUAGAGUCAGUGCUUAUGGAAACAGAUUAUCAUCUUAAUAUCUUAAAGGAACCAGAUGAUCACUUUCUGCCUCCAUUAUGAAAAAGAUUCCAAUAAGCAGCUCAUUACCUACCUGUCAGUGCCAAGAAUAUUGCCCAGCCUUGAUUCAGGCUCACCACUGAACUAAAUGACUAUUAUGCAAGACAAUUGAUCAGACAGAAGAUAACCUUUUUUCCUCACCCCUGCAACCUAACAAAGUCAGAUGAAAACCCAUAUAUUUUUCCAAGACAUUAUAAGUUUUUUAAAGAGGCUUUGAAGAAUCUUCUAGAAACCUAGCAUGAACACACCUACUCACCCCUGAGUUUCCAAAUACGGGUCCACAGCACAGGCUUCCUGGAUUACACCAUGCACAUAAUCCCUGCAUCUUUGCCUUUCCCAGGCAGGAACAGAAUACUGAAGCAGUUCAAUAUCUGUGGGCAUUGUUAUAGUUUGGUUACACUAUUUCAGCCCUAUGCUUGCAGACUAUAUCCUAACAGUAACAGUUAAAGUCAAUACCUAUUUCAGGUUUGAAAGCUUGAUAGAGUCAAAAGUAAUUAUCCAGAAGAUAAUUAUCCAGAUGCUGUUACGCUAAUCCAUUUUUCUCACUCAAGAUUAAGCCCCGGCUGCUUAAAAUUCCACAUUUGGUGGAGACAGCAUUUCAGCACCACCUUCCUAAAGGCUCCUGCAUUCUAAGAAUCAAUUUUGCAAGCACAACCUGACAAAGUGAUUUCUAAUGAUCCUUUCCCUCCCCCAUCACUACUGUGUAUCCAACCUGGAGGCAGUCACUAAAGAUGAUUCAAGUUCAAUCUAGCAACAGCACAAAUAAAUUACACUUAAAAUAAACAAACAAAAACCCUUCCCAGUACAAAUUGAGACGUCCCACCUGGAGAGCACCAUUAACAAUAUACAGUUUUCUAAAUCUAUGAUACGAUACCCCAAUGAAAAUAAAGAGGAUAGAUAUUAGAUGCAACAGGACUGUAAUAAACAGGCUAUUCAGCAUUUGGCUUUGGGGGGAGGGGGGGGAAAUGGAGAUCCAACCUGAGUUUCGGUCUUUCUUUGGUGGUGCCACCUUGUCUGUGGUGUGGGGUUCAGUAGAGGGGCAGUGCUGCCCCCCCUCCUCCACCCGCCGGACUGCCUGGGCAGAACCUUCUCGAAAGACACGUGGCAAGACCACCCCAACACGUGAUGAUGGGGGGGGCGGAUGGGCCUUAUUGUUCACUGCUUUCCCGCCCAAAUGUAACCGGUUUUGAAAGGUAUAAAAGAGGAGGGCAGCCUGGACCAGGCGCGCCUCUGGCUGGAUACAGCCCUGCCUCAGCCAGACGCCCAGCACUGUAUACCCUGCUUUGCUGACUUUAUUCCACAAUAAAGAGAUUUUAUACUCUUGGAAUUUUAGUUUCCAGUGUGUUUAUAGCAAGGACCAAGAAUAAAGUAUCCAUGAUAUAUACCUCUUCAACCUUUUCAGAAAAUAGAACGCCUUUGUUCAAUUCCUAUUUUCACAUGUGAAGAAAGGCAAAUAAUUCCACUCUGAAGAUCUGGAAAGCUAAUCUGAAACAGAACAAAGCAUUCCUGUUUCAAACUAAACACUUUAAUUAAAGUCAUCACGUGUCCCAAGUUUGAUAUCACCAUAGAUACCAAGGUGAUAGAAGAAGUUAUGGUAAGUCUAAACCGUUGCCAACAACAGUACUGCAAUUUCUAAGUAACCAUGUAACAAGACAAGGACUGAGUAGUCCUUUAAGCACAUUGCUAUAUAUUUCACAGAUUAUUUCUACACGUUUCAGGAGGUGCUACCAGACACGUUCUACUCAUUAAAGCACAAAGAUUUAUGUUUGACUAUAUUUGGUACCACCCAUGUAUACGCUAAUAAAGCAGCACUAGUAAACAGUAACAAGUAAUUAAUUCACAUUGUCUUCCCACACUGUGGUGAGCAAAGUGCCCUUGUUCCCAAUUCAAAUACCCAUGAACAGCAAUAUAGGGUUCAUUGUUUUAUCUUGAUGCAUGGGCUUAUUUACUAUUUGUCUUUUGAUAAACUUUUUGCAAAGCAUUUACACCAAACAGUCAAUUACAUCAGUGUGCAAGCGGGCCUUUAAUAGUGCCAAAAUAUAGAGACAAAACUACUACUCUUGUUCAAAAUAAAGUGUGCCCAAUUCUGCUGGGAAACUUCAGUACAAAUACCCUUUUGCAAACCUGUAGUUUGUUCUGGCAUCCCAUUCCCCACACCACACACCCCCCCUCCAGUUUUGCCUCUUUCGGAAUUUUUCUGCCAACUGUUCCUCCCUACAAUCUCAGAAAAUAGACAAUGAAGCUUCAGCAUUUGACCACUUCUAUAACAUUCGGUAAGCUCCGUAAGAUGCAAAAAAGCCUAGCCAAUAGGUUCAGUAAAUCUUCACAGCACUCUUAAUUGAGCACGUUAUUCCCAAAGGCUGUUUGAAGCUGGGGUGGGGGGGUGGGGGUGUUGGUGUGUUGGUGUGUGCACGCAUGCAUUCAGGGAAGAGAGAUCAGACUAAUACUUAUUUUUUUUGUCUAUAUAUUUUGUGACUUUGCUUUGGGGGGACUUUUUUUGCAUUGGAAGUGAAGUCAGAAUAGAUAUUCUGCAUCCCUCUGCAUCAUGGAUAUAAUUGAGUUGAAUUUGCAAUGCAAUUCAAUCUCCAGUAAAUUUCUAGUGGAUAUCACUCCCACUGAGCUUGCACGGUCAUGCUCAUGAAGAACAAAACCACUGAAAUCAAUAGGCCUACCCUGAUGUAAAAGUUGUGCAUGCAGGAGGGGAAUCAACCAUAUUGAUUAUACACAUGCUUCACUUCAGUCAAGUAAUAAUCAGCAUGCAGAAGCUCUAAGGAAGCAUCCUACCCAGAGCAAAUGCGCGCUAGAAAUCUGACAACUGAUCUCAGUGAGGCCCUGCAUCCUGCUAGCUCAUGAGUCAUACAUCCACUUGCAUUCGGCUCUUAGGCAGCCUCCACAAAGCAGAAUUAGUAUUAGUUCUCAUUAUCUUUUUUCUUUCUUGGAUUAUCAAUUCUAAGAAAAAAAACCCAGCAGGUGGAUACACAGAAUAAGACACAGAAGCAUAGAGAACCUCAGUCAGUAUUCAGGAAAUUAUUAAAUGAAAGUUCUUUUCCAUUCACCAAGAAGCAGGUCACUUUGAUCAGACUCAUUAGGCUGUCAACUGACACUUCACCAGAAGCAUCAUACACUUUGUCAGACUUGCUAAGUAAUCACCUAUAUUUGAAAAGCAAGUAAAAAUCAGAAUCACCUUCCUUUCCAUAUUUUCAGACAACUGAAUUCAGCCACCCAAUACGCUUUUCCUUCAACACCACCCUGUCUAACAGCUAUUGGUCACUCACAAACUCACAGAGAGCAAGCAUUUUAGACUACAUCAGAAGCUUAAAGAGUAUCUCUGUCUUUCUGGAGUCUUUAAGGAUUCAAGGGAGCACAAAAAACACGAUAAGCAAGAUAGAUUACCAACCUACCAUCCAAAGACCACAUACUCAUUUAAAUAUUACACCAAAAAAUACUAUUUGACUUUUUUUUUACAUUUAUAUAACUUCAGCAGAGAGCUCUGACUACAGCGCCUAGCUACCAGCAAUACAUUGUAAAAGACAGCCACUCUUGCUAAAGAAGAAACCCAAUGCGCCACAGGGAACGUUUUCCUACUGCCUUUUAAAAAGACUCUUCACACACACACACAAUAUUUUGAAGGAAAGGAUCAGAAAAUCGUGGCAGAUAAAAAAAAGCGGGAAGGGCAGGCGCAUGUCAGGUUUAUUUCGAGCCCUGCAGAUACUAAACACCUCCACCAGAUUUUAUUCCCUUUGAGAGACGCUCCCAAGAACUCCCAACUCCUCAAACCCCGCGGCCCUCCCGCGGCCCCCCUUCACCCAUCUAAAGCCUGAGGAGAAGCGGGGCGGUCAGGCGGCCCCCGAGCCGCCCCCCUCGGCUCCCAACAAGGGGCUUCGCCGCAGGGCCCGCUCGCUUGUGGCCGCCCCCUCCGCGGGGGCGAAGAGGCGCUUCCCCCCGGCCGGCACCGCCCCACCCACCGCCCGCCCGGCCGCCGCGAAGGGCCGGGCCCCACCGGCCGAGCUCGGAGACGGGUCUUGAUCUGCACCUGCUUCUGCUCCCAUUUCCUGCCGCCGCCGCCCUCGGCCCCGCCGCCGCCUCCCCCGCUCAGGUUCUUCGAGGAUUGGUUCCAUCGACCCUUCCCAGGCGCGGAGGUGAGGCUGAGGAACCCGCAUGGAGGGCUUGCUGCAGGGCGCUCAGACUUGCUGGAAUAAAAGGACACGCCUAACUAGGCGAGGCGAAAGCAGGACAGAGUUCCUAGUCCCGGCCCUGAAGCCAUAGGAAAGGCGGACCUCCAGAGCCGUUAUUCUCGAGCUGUCUCUUACUCCAAGGGCUCCGCCCAUGCAGCGCCUCGGAGCGGUCGCGGAGCGCCGUUGGGCUCCGGGUGAGGUCGGAAACGCUUCGGGGAGCCGCCGGGGGAGAGCAGAGCCCGCUCCCCGGUGCGUGUGGGCGGCUGCGAGGGCGGCAGGGGGCGCCCUGCGCUCGCGGCGAGGAGAUCGGAGCCGUGAGUGUCCGCAGCCCGUGGGAUGCCGGUGCCGGAUUGUCGCGGCGCUCCUGCCCUCAGAGCGGGGCGCUCGCCCUGCUGGGGGCCACACCGCGCUCUGCGGUGCCCGGCAGGGCAGCUCCGCACAGCGCCGGGAUGCUGGGAGAGCUGGCAGCGACUGAGGAGUGAUAAACUGGGGCAGAAGUGAGCUAAUCUUGCAGGGAGCUAUUUAUUUCGUUGAACCUCGCUUUUCAUUCUUUAAGCUCCCAAGCAGAGACACUGUGAACCAGCCUACAUCCCUCAGGAUUCGCUUACGCUUAACGCUAGGCAAAUGCAGCUGUUGUACUUGCUGGCAUGAAAGCACCGUGUUGCAUAGAGGGUGGAUUACACGUAAUACAACCAAAUGUAUUUAAUGACUUACCACUGGCAAAAGGAAGAUGUCAUUCUGCCCCUAAGGUUCUGUUGCACCAGUUCCUCAGCACCUCCGCUUCCUCGGUUCAGCUCACAGCUCUGGCACAGAGUUAACCCAGUGGAAAGAGAAGGCCAAAAUGAACCACAGAAGAGUCGACACAGCAAAGUAUCCAGAGAUCAAGACUCUUAUGGGACCGGAUCCACGUUUAAAGUGGAUUGUAUCUGGAAUGGUUUUCGUGCAGUUUGUAGCAUGCUACCUGGUGAAAGACUUAUCUUGGAAAUGGAUUUUCUUCUGGGCUUAUGCUUUUGGGGGUUGCAUCAACCAUUCUCUGACCCUUGCUAUUCACGAUAUUUCGCACAAUGUUGCCUUUGGGAACAAGCAAACCAAGUGGAACCGAUGGUUUGCAGUCUUCGCCAACUUGCCAGUUGGCGUCCCUUAUUCUGCCUCCUUCAAGAAAUACCACAUUGACCAUCAUCGGUACCUUGGUGGGGACAGCUUGGAUGUGGAUAUUCCCACCAACUUUGAAGGCUGGUUCUUCUGUACGCCACUUCGAAAACUGCUUUGGCUUUUCCUCCAGCCACUGUUUUACAGUCUGAGACCACUGUAUGUGAACCCCAAAGCAAUUACACAGAUGGAAAUUUUUAAUGCUUUUGUCCAGUUUUCUGUAGAUCUUAUAAUUUACUACCUUUGGGGUCUGAAACCUAUUAUUUACUUAAUAGCAGGUACAAUUCUUUGCAUGGGUUUACAUCCCAUUUCUGGGCACUUCAUAGCAGAACACUACAUGUUCUUAAAAGGCUAUGAGACGUACUCUUACUAUGGACCUCUGAACUGGCUCACCUUUAAUGUAGGCUACCACAUGGAGCAUCAUGACUUUCCCAGCAUUCCUGGAAGCAGACUGCCGAUGGUGAAGAAGAUUGCAGCGGAAUAUUAUGAUAACCUCCCACAUCACCAGAGCUGGGUUCGAGUUCUAUGGGACUUCGUUUUUGAUGACACUAUUGGUCCUUAUUCAAGGGUUAAGAGACUAUACAAGCUGGCAAAAGAAAACUAAUGGACUGGCUUUAGUUGCUGCAUUGGUGUUUUGUUCGUUCAUUUGAAUGACUUGAGUUUUCAAGUAGAAGGAUGUGUGUGCUCCUCAGACCAUGUGGAUGAGUGUGAAAAUGAAGCCAUUGAAUGCAGUAUUUUAGACUAUUGAUGCUUUUUAAUGAAUGAUUAAGUAACCCUGAGAAACUAGAUUAGAGUGAGCUAUGGUUAUGUGAACCUUUGGGUUAGGCUUAGAAUUCCUGGGCCAUGUGUGCCUGAGUCUGUUUUUGCUUGUUCUGCAAUGGAGAAUGCUUGGUGUGUGUCCGUAUGAACGUGCCUUUAUGUAGUUUAGAACUGGUUUCUCUUUGUGCCAGAUUAGAUGAAGGUGCUCUGUGUGCACAGGUCUGUGAAAGUAGGGAGGGCUGGCAUGCAGUAGUAAAUGAUACUCUCUGGAGAACACAAGGGUGCCUUUAGCUCAAUGUCUUGUCUAAUAUAAUAUCUUUCUUCUGAUAAUGACUGGUACAGAGAUUUUAUAUAUGCAAUGAAAUACGUGUAUAUUUUUGAAAAUUUUGAUAAUUAUUUUAGCAGCUGCUGUUUGACCUUUAUUCCAGGGCUUUGUCUGAAACUUUUAUAAAUCCAUUUCUAUUCUUAUAAUCUAAUACUCAGUGUAGCUAAGUGGCAGAGCUGAACUGUGACAUGGAGAAGCCCUUUCUUUAGUCUUCUGCUUGCUGUCUGAUCAGCAGUGUGAAUGUGCCCCUGGAGGAACUGGGUAGUCCUUUCUCACUUACCUUUUGUACAGUAUUCAUAACUUCAUGUUUCUCAUCCUUUUCUUCAUUGUAAAUUCUUCUGAGGGUGGGAAAGUUCUAGAUUUAAUUGCUGCUUACCAAGGUUGCUAAUAUUACUGAUCAAUUUUCUUGUCCUUCUCUAUAUUAUAUGCCUGUCUGUGAAUAGGAGUUAAGAGUACAUGGAGUGUACAAGAAUGAAGAAAUGGGGACAUUGUGGUGGUAUUUGCUCCUAACUGCUUUCAGAAUAAUUUUAACUUUUUCCCUUUGUCAUUUGAGGGGCAGUGACUUGACAUUUGGAAAGCACAUGAUACUCCAACUAUAUUAAAAGCCAUCACUGAUAGUGUUAAGGGAAAACGGAGCUGGGAUUUUCUUUCUCUGUGUGUCUUGCUUUGUGCUAUCAACAUUCAUAUGCCAUUUCUACCCACUGGAAGUUAAUUUUUUCUGCCUGUCGUCUCCAGCUAUCAGCUUCUGGCUAUCCUCAAUGAUUCUCUCAUGAAAAAUCUUACAUCACCAUACCUUUCUCCAAACAGAGUAAUGUCUAGGGAAUCAGGAGUACAGAUGCUAUCUUCUAACUUCCUUCCACCUGUGAAAGUUGACAACUUAUUUCUGUCCUUACUAAGUGGUUAAAAGAGAAUACAUCUAUAAAGGUCCUCUUACACCCUAACCCUCUAACUGUAUGACUUGUUUUGCUUUCUUCUGGAAAUCCAUGAAGAAAAAGAUUAUGCUGCAUUCCUUUUGGUUACUCAAAGUAUGCUAUUAGACCCGAGAAGCCUGAUUUCCUCAAUAAAUACAGUUUCAUUCCUUCCUUCUAUAGCACUAGAUCCAGUGCGUUGAUCUGACCUUUUGCUAGCCUGACAUGCCAGGCAUCUGAGCUAGCCUGCUGCAAUUUGGGUUCCUCCUCCUCCAUUUCCCUUUCAUCACCUGUCUGAUUUUGGCAGUUGGGUGAAUACCCAGGUUUGCUCAGCAGUACAAGAUCUUUUGGGAUGCAAGGCCUGAAUACCAGUUCAUUCACAGGUAUCAGUUUGAUCUGGUUCUUUUCCUGGAAAAAAAGAGGGACUUACUUCUGACACUUCACUGGUUCCUCAGGUGCCUUUUCUCCCAAAGGAAGAGGCAUUGGUGUGGGAACCUCCAUUGACUUCUUUGUCAGGUGCUUUUGCUUUUUGAUUAAUUUACUUCAGUAUUGUCAGCACUCCAUGAUCACAUAUGUAAAUUCCCAUGUCCUUAGCAAGCUUGGCCAACUCAGCAAGUUAAUAUACAAGACAUAAUAAAGAUUAUGCUAUCUUUCUCAACCUGACUGUUGUCCUCCUACGGAGAGUGAACUUUCUGUAUUUCCUUUACUCAGCUGUUCCAUGAUGCAGUCAUCUCUGGAGUCUAUAGAUAGUUAUUAGCCUAGCCUGACACAGAGGCUAUAGUGUAAACGGAGGGUAACCAAAAUUGGCAACUGCUUCUUUUCCUGCCUCCCAUCAAUAUUUCCAUCACGGUACCACUGUGUUUUGCUUGGGCAGCCCCACAGCCUCUCUGCUCUGCACUCUCCAGCUCAGUGAGAAAAGUGGUUGGAAGUCUGGUGCCUACAGAUGUGUGUUGCAAGCUGAGUUUGAAUGUGUGUGGGUGCUGCCAGAGAAGGCUGUGAUCCUGUCCUCCCUGUGGGCACUUGUCCUUGCCACUACCAGUAAACUUGGCAGAAGGGUGUUGGUUCAGUUUUGUGGGUUUAUUUUUUCAUAACCACAGGGCGAAUGGGUCUGAGUUAAAAGAACACUGGGGUUAUGUAUAGUUUUAUUCUCUUUGCUUAAAAAUUAAUCCAGGUACCCUUCAUUGUGUGACUACACUAAUGCUGUGGCAGGAGGAGAGAGAUGAGGGACAAACAGCUGUAUGACAGGUUGGAGUGGAGGUUAAUGCCCCUUUUGAUUUCUGCUGAUGUAAAAUGCAUGUCCUGCCCUGUGGCAGUGGUACCCUCAACAAGCCCAGCAUGAAGGGAUAUCCUUCCCUAGAGGCAAUAGGCCAAGUGAAUUGGUGUCUGGAAGGGGAUAAUCCUCCAACGGUGCCACUGGGGCAAAUAAGCUGCCCUGCACAUCCCUAUCAUUGGAGCCAUAAGCUGGGAACCAGCAAAGCCCUCGUCGUGAUGCCAGGACUGCUCCCCUGCCCCUAUCAGGCAAGCUUCCCCUUCCACCUUGAUCCCAAGCCCUCUGCAAACUUCAGCUCAUUAUUUUUUAAUUAUACAAGGCCUCCAAAAGUGGAAGAAGAAAGUAAGAAAAACUCACAGCAGGUGGCUGAUGUUAACAGAGUGGCACACCGUAUCCAGGCUGUACACUCGGCCCAAAUUACAAUGCGGAUAUUACUGACCUUAGGCAUAAUGCAACAUUCCAAGGCAAACAUGAGCCAUGCUGGGCUCCAGCUUCCUGAAGCCUAAUGAAGAUUAUGAGAGAGUUUCACAGAACAGUUGUGAUCAUCUGAGAGGCAGCAGUUUGAAAAGUACUUGCCAUUAUGAGGUAUGCCAUUACAUGGAUUUGUAAUGAAGAAAUGCAUGAGCUACUGUGUGAGAUUUAUGCAACAGAGUAUUAUAAUCUUUACCCUUACUGAUACUUGUCUGUUUUCUUCCUACCAGAAUGGCUCCUUCUCCUGCUCCUGGGGUUGUAUUGUGGUGCACAUCAAUGUCUGCCAGAUUUAGUUCCCAUGUGGAAAUCUCACUCCACUGUCUACCUUCUGCUGGCAUUAAACAGCUAACAGACAUCAGGCUCAGUCUGGAGCUCACCAUUGCAUUAAACUCAAAUUUCUCCUAUCUCCUAUAUUUAAUCUACAGUAUAACCAGAUUGUAAAAAAGACUCUUUUCUAAAAGGCAGAUUGGGCCGCUUUGAAGAGUGCUGAAGGACAACCUCAUGCUCUCCAAGCCAAAGCAGAAAGUUUUACAACUAACUGUAAAGCACGUUCCACCUUUCCUCCUCUCCUGGGUCUCGUGUUGUGGGCAGGCAGUGCCUGCUGCCAUGCUCAGUGAGGUCUGGGGAACAUGAGCAAGAGGACAACCACAGACUCUCCUGGGCUGCUGCACCAGGCUUUCUCCCCAAACCACUCCUGGGGCCUGGCUUUUAAAACACUCUUCAGGAAGGCCUGAAGCAAAGCAGAGAGCUUGGAAAAUAUCUGAUAGAUUUCAACAGCUGAAUUCCAAUCGCUCACCUUAUUAGUUAUUGAGCAGAUGGUUGUAAAGACUGCUGCCAUGUAGCUUGCACCAAACUAAGUCAAACAGAAAUUCUAAAUACGGCACUGGUGGGGAGAAUGAUUCUAAAGUAAGAGAGAACUAAAGAUAGAACUGGGAGUGCACUGUUACGUGUUCAGCAUCUUGCACUUAUCUCUUUGACUACACUUUCUAUGAAGUAAAGCUCAAAACUUGCACAACUUUAACAACUGAAAUAUGGUUAGAUAGUAACAAAUUAACCCUCCUUAAGCCUCUGGUUCAGUGGUGCUGUGCCAGUGAUUUCAGCUUGUCCUAAUGCCUUCAGUGGCCUUUUUCUGCAUAAAUAUCUCCCCUUUUUUUACUGGAAGCGCUUACAAGUACAGAUGAUGGGGACCUGGUUUUUUUUCAGUGAUGGCAGGAGAUGCGGUGGGACAGUUAGUGGAGUGCCUGAGAAGAGCCAUAGGCCACUGUCCUUCACUGACUCCGGCAAAACAUUGCUGAGGUUGCUGCAGACUGACUGCAGGAGGUGGUGCUCAGCUGGUGGCACGUGGAGGACUGGGCAGGUGAGAAACAUGUCUCCUUGUAAAAGAAGGCACAGCUUUUGCCACUGCAC